UUUCAGGUUAUAAGUAGUUCAAUAUUCCCUUCAUCACAUCAUGAUCCUUCUAAUCAUUAUCAGAUACCCGUAAAUGAUCGUAUUUUUUCAACAACUGUUAGUAUCUCCCAUACCUUCACGAGACUAAGAAGUCAAGGCAAAGUGGCCUUUAUACCAUAUUUAACUGCUGAAGAUCCAAAUCUUCAAACAACCGCUGAAGCUUUAAAAGUUCUUGAUCAUUGUGGCGCCGAUAUCAUUGAACUAGGUGUACCAUUCUCCAAUCCUUCUGCCGAUGGCCCAGUUAACCAGGCAGCAGCGAGGCGUGCUUUGGCGACUGGAACGAAUUUUGACGGCAUCAUUUCCAUGCUAAAAAAGGUUGUUCCACAAAUAUCGACUCCGAUUGCAUUAUUAACAUAUUACAAACCAGUACUUGAUGUUGGAAUUGGGGAGUUCAUGAGUACCAUUAAGAGUGUCGGUGUGCAUGGUCUUUUGGUUCCAGAUAUUUCUUUCGAGGAAACUGCAAUCUCAAUAAGGGAUGCAACAUUACACCACAUAAUUGAACUAGUGUUGCUCACAAAACCCGAUACACCAACUGAGAGAAUGAAAGCAAUUGCUGAAGCUUCACAAGGAUUUGUGUACCUAGUUAGUUCAAAGGGAGUUACAGGUCCCCGUUCAACGGUAAAUUCACAAGUACAGGAUCUAAUCCGAGAAAUUAAGGAGGCUACGACUAAGCCCGUGGCUGUUGGUUUUGGCUUAUCAAAACCAGAGCUUGUGAAACAGGUAGCAGAAUGGGGAGCUGACGGUGUGAUCGUUGGUAGUGCCCUGGUGAAACUGCUAGGGGAAGCGAUAUCUCCUAAGGAAGGGCUUAAAGAACUCGAAACCUUCGCGAAGUCUCUAAAAGCUGCACUCCCUGUACGAGUGCCUUCUGAAUUACGUGCUAAUUGUUAACUCUUGCAUUUACAUUAUCCCGUAUGAAUAAAGAAAGUAAACAUAAUAUAUAUACUCUGCAAAGGAUUUCUAAUGCUUCCCCACUUCUUGAUACAACACUAGCUAGUACAGUGCUGUCAAUGUUGAAAAGUUACAUUGCUUGUUGCAAUGUAAUAAAAUAUGUGGCUCUCUCUCUUGAUCGGUUAAUUACGAGUGUCGACAGAUGCAAUCCGGCAACAAAUGUACGUAGCCUAUAGUAGAAAGGCUUCUAAAUAACGUGACCGAGCUAAUUGCAGCUCUUCCUGGAGUGUGGAUUUGACAAACAAAAGAACUUCUCAUUGUUUAGUUUGUGCACCUCAAAAUUGCGACAUAAACUAAGAUGGCACUGGCAGGGGACAACAACAAUGAAAUUUCUAGGACCACUUAAUCUAGUAUAAUGUUUGUUUGGCUCUAAUUGCUAGCAACAGCUAGAAUAAAUAUCCUCCUCUAUAUAUAUAUAUAUAUAUUACGAGGGGUUAAGGAGCAUAGUUCAGUGGUAUCCCAUCAACUCCAGUAAGGAAGAAGUUAGGGGUUCGAUCUCCACCGUAGAAGUUUGUAAUUUAAAUUAGUUGUAUAGAGGGGUUUGGCGGGGUUGGGUCUAGCAGUGGGGCUAGUCCAGCUGGCUGAAUUUUGGUAGAGGCCUAGGUCCUGCUUUAGCCUAUCAAAAAUUAAUUUGCAAGUGCUAAUUUGGUAUAGGUUAAGCAUAGAGUAGAAACUCUUUUAAUUAAUACUCGAUUAUAUAAUAAACUCUCUUUAAUAAUAUUUUUAGCUUGUCACGAGUCAGGGACAA